GACUAUGUGACGUAUGUAAGGUGGUAAAACACUGAGGUAGCUCUUGACGUUUGUCGGCAGGUGGACGGCAUCCCCGUGGAGAUCAUCCGGGCUUCUCUGUUCUUUAGGCAGAAGCUGACGGUGGUGAUGAUCGAUGUGUCCGUGGCCUGCACAGUCAGUAAGUUCUCCCACACAGACACUGAACAGGAAUCUGGUUUCUGUCCGAUGGGUAAACGGUGCUGAUGGUUAUUCUGUUGAUCCUGCUGAUCCUUCCUCAGAUUUGGGUUCUUUUGAUGGCGUCCGGCUGCUCUGGGACGUCCCACGGGUUCUGAGCCCUCUGGUCGGGGGGGGGGCAGGGUUUGAGAGUCGGAGCCUCAGUGUUGGGGUGGAGGGGGUGCUGCUGGACAAAGCCGCCGCUGCUGCCAGAGGAUUCAGUCUGGUCCAACAGGGAAAUCUGAUCCAGAUCGGGGUUCCUUUUGGGGCAGAGGGCGGCUACAGGAAGAGUUGGGUGGUAAACAACGCGUACAAAGAGACGUAUGUGAUCGACCUGCUGUACGAACACAUCUUCUCUCUGCUGUAUGAAGACGGCGGCAGCAUCGACACGAGACACCGGAUGCUUAGAGUGCUGGACACACCCCCGCACUGCCGUCCACCGUUCAGCCUCAACCGCAAGUCUCCCUGUUUACAAACCAGCAAAGGCCUCAGUCUACGUUUAAGACCUAGGUUUUAUGCCCCCCCGCUCUCAUGUCCUCCUCCUUGCUGAGUCCCGCUGCCUCGCUGAUCUCUCUCCAACAACUGUGUAGGGCUGUACAUAUCGAUUAGUGUUCAAGUCGAUUAAUCUAACGACUCAUUUUGUUUAUUCUAAAGAAAGAAAAGUUGCCUGUUACUCGAUUAACAUACCAAUUUAUCCAAAAUAAAUAUCAAAAACA